AUGGAUUUGGAUGUAAUGCGAAAGGAUUUGCUCGAAUGCUAUCAUAAGAGUGCCAUCCGUGGUCUGAAACAGUCGUCCAAAUGGUCUUCAGAGCUGUUGCUGUCGCUGACGAAGACUAUGGAUGAGAAGCGAUUGCACGAAGACUUGAGCACAGAUAUGAACGACUCGUAUACGGGUUUCUCGAUGAACGACAUGAUUCACGUGAUGACUGAUCCCAAGUAUCUGUUGGCCAAAAGUUGUUAUGAUUUGAGUGAAUACGAGAGGACGGCGUUCUUCACCAAAGACUCGAUGGUCUCUGAAAUCAAAUUUCUGUACUUUUAUUCGCGGUAUUUGUCGGCAGAGAAGAAACGAUUGGACCGAAUGGCAGAAACCAAUUGCAUGGCAACCGAUUCGGCCAUCAAAUUGUUCACCGAAUUGAAGAACGAAUUACAGGAUCUCUACUCUUCGGGCGAAGACUUUAUCAACGAUUCGUAUCUUUUAUACGUUUACGCAAUUGUUUUGCUUAAACUUGAGCUCAAUUGGGAAGCGAUGGAUGUGUUGUCGCGAAGCGUACGAUUGGAUCCAUUGAAUUGGUGUUCUUGGCAUCAGUUGUCGCUUAUAAUCGACGAGAAAUCACAGUUGAAUUCACUUCAAUUGCCCGACCAUUGGUUUAAGAGACUCUUCUUAGGCGACGUCUAUCUGGAACUACAGCUAAACGAAGACGCCUUGAAUCUGUACACAACACUUCAGCAAUGGUUCACUUCUUGUAAUUACCUGUUGAGCCAAAUAGCGAUCGCAAAACACAACUUACGUGACGUCGACGGAGCCAUUGAUUUGUUUAAACAGAUCCGCGCUUCAGAUCCGGCCCGACUCGACGCUAUGGAUAUCUACAGUAAUUUGCUGUACGUUAAGGACAUGCGGACAGAAUUGAGUUGUUUGGCCCAUUCGGCCAAUGAUAUCGACCCCUUCCGAGUGGAGACGUGCUGUUGUAUCGCCAACUUCUAUAGCCUUCGUUCACAACACCCCAAAGCUGUGGUGUACUUCUCGCGUGCGUUACAACUGAAUCCCCGGCAUCUGUCGGCCUGGACUCUGAUGGGACACGAAUACAUGGAGAUGAAGAACACCGGCGCCGCCAUUCAGGCCUAUCGUUCGGCCAUUAAGUGCAACAAACGAGACUAUAGGGCGUGGUAUGGAUUGGGCCAGACUUACGAUAUACUCAAAAUGCCCGCCUAUUGUCUGUACUACUACUCAGUGGCCCACUGUUUGCGGCCAAACGACUCGCGAAUGAUGAUCGCGACGGGCGAGACGUUAGAGAAGUUGGAGCGCAAUCACGACGCUAUCAAGUGUUACUGGAAGGCCGGGGGGUUAGCGCUCUUCAAACUCGCACUGCUUUACGAACGCCUCAAUGAGAACGAAAAGGCAGCCCUCGCUUACACCGACUUUAUAUCGCGCGCGUCCGCAGCCGACGGCGCCGACCGCCAGAACACGAGUUCAGACGUCGCCCACGCCUACAAGUUUCUCGCCAACUAUCACCUCAACAAAGGCGAACUCAAAUUGGCACAAAUGGCCGCUCAAAAGUGUAUCACUUUCUCAGAGACCAGAGAUGAGGGAAAGUCUCUACUGAAGGAUAUUCAGAAGAAGUGCUCUCAAAUUGACUUAUAG